AUGGUACCAAGUUGGAGAUCAGGGAUAUGGUACGACAACUCUAUGGGUUCGGUAUGGCGUAUACCAUCUGCUAUGUUGAGCAACAUGUCACGUUUGUUUGGAUUCUCAAACAAACGCCCCCCUACUGCUCUUGGAAUGUUAGCUGCAGGUCAUAGCUCAUUUGACGGGUCACAUGAUUACGACAGUAGCUCAUUUGAGCCGAAACGUGACAUGGUGCUGCGGAUGAUUGGUCAAGGUCAUGGGCAUACUCUGGAUUCAGAAGACUUCACAGACAAAGCAUGGGAAGCAGUUAGCUCACUGGGAGAAGUUGCCAACAGAUAUAAAUCAUCAUUCGUUGAAGCUGAUAUGUUACUUCUUAAUUUGUUGAAUCUUGGUGAAGACUCGACAUGCCAUAAAAUAUUAGCACAUGCCGGGGUCGAUAUUGACAAGAUGCGCGAAGACGUCGAGGUACACCUAUCGAAACAGCCCAGGAUGUCUGGUGGUUUCGGAGACCAGAAAGUGCUAGGUAGAACACUACAAAACGUGUUAUCGGACCACUUCAUCAGUGUAGAACAUCUUUUACUUGCACUAGCCUGUGAAGACACGAAGUUUACCAAACCAUGGUUAGCACGGCAGAAGGUCACAUAUGAAAAGCUGAAGAAGGCUGUAGAAUCGGUGCGUGGAAAACGCAAGGUCACAUCCAAGAAUCCUGAAAUGAUGUUUGGAGCUCUGGAAAAAUAUAGCAAAGAUCUUACACUGAUGGCAAGGAGCGGGAAGCUUGACCCGGUGAUUGGUAGAGACAAUGAGAUUCGCAGGACUAUCGAAAUACUGAGCAGGAGGACAAAGAACAAUCCAAUAUUGCUCGGAGAUCCUGGUGUUGGAAAGACAGCUAUCGCAGAAGGAUUGGCGAAUCGUAUAGUAUCGGGAGACGUACCAGACUCGCUGAAAAAUACACGGGUCAUAUCACUAGACCUUGCCUCAAUGCUUGCCGGGUCUCAGUACCGUGGUGAAUUUGAGGAACGUCUAAAAAACAUAUUGAAGGAGGUUCAAGAUUCACAAGGGGAAAUCAUAAUGUUUAUCGAUGAGAUCCACACAGUUGUUGGAGCUGGUGAUGCCCAGGGUGCUUUAGAUGCUGGCAACAUCCUUAAACCCAUGCUGGCUCGUGGAGAAUUGCGUUGCGUAGGUGCUACAACCUUACAGGAAUAUAGACAGAAAAUCGAGAAGGAUAAAGCUUUGGAACGUCGAUUCCAACCUGUCUAUGUAGACCAACCUAGCGUUGAGGAGACCAUUAGUAUCCUACGUGGGCUCCGUGAACGCUAUGAAGUACACCAUGGUGUGCGUAUCUUGGACUCUGCAUUGGUAGAAGCUGCACAGUUGAGUGACAGGUACAUAACUGACCGAUUUUUACCGGACAAAGCCAUCGAUCUUGUUGAUGAAGCCGCUGCACGUCUUAAGAUCCAACUGUCCAGCAAACCUAUCCAGCUUGAUGCUAUAGAGCGCAAGUUACUGCAACUUGAAAUGGAGCGCAUCUCAAUUUCCAAUGAUUCAAGUGGCGGCCAAUCACAGAGCAACACAGUUGGUAUAUUGCCCGAAUCAUCACGCCCGGCGUCAUCCCAGGAACAGCGUCGACUUGCCCAAAUUGAAAAAUCUGCCGAGCAGUUGAAAGUGGAAAAGGAAGCAUUGACUAACGCCUGGUUGAAGGAAAAGGGUCUUGUUGACGCUAUAAGGAACAUAAAGGAGCGUCAAGAUGUUGUUAAAGUAGAGAUUGAAAAGGCAGAACGUGAAUUCGAUCUCAACCGUGCUGCUGAGCUGCGCUUCGAAACAUUGCCCGACCUAGACAAGCAGCUUGAGCAGGCAGUUGGUGCAUACGAAGCUCAUGCCAAGGAGAUGAUAUCGACUGGAGGGCAGUUGCUUUUACGUGAUGAGGUAUCCCGUGAGGAUAUAGCUAGUGUGGUUUCUCGGUGGACAGGUAUACCUGUGAGCCGGUUGGUACGAUCUCAACGUGAAAAGAUACUUCAUUUGGCAAGUGAACUGCGCAAACGUGUUGUAGGUCAGGAAGAAGCGGUUGACAUCGUAACACGGGCAGUUCAGCGAUCACGUGUUGGUAUGAACGACCCUAAGCGACCGAUAGCCGGCCUGAUGUUCCUGGGUCCUACUGGUGUGGGCAAGACAGAGCUAUGCAAGGCCAUAGCGGAACAACUGUUUGACACUGACGAGUCGAUAGUACGUUUUGACAUGUCUGAAUAUAUGGAAAAACAUUCUGUAUCGAGACUGGUUGGUGCACCACCUGGUUACAUAGGAUAUGAACAGGGAGGUCUGUUGACUGAAGCCGUGCGCCGUAGGCCCUACUCGAUCGUUCUUUUUGAUGAAAUUGAGAAGGCUCAUCCUGAUGUAUUCAAUAUUAUGUUGCAGCUGCUCGACGAUGGUAGACUUACUGACUCCAACGGUCGUAAAGUGAACUUUGCCAAUUGUAUGGUCGUUUUUACUUCAAAUUUAGGUAGUCAGAGCAUUUUGGAACUGGCCAAGUCACCUGAUAAGAAGGCUGAGAUGAAAAACAAGGUGAUGCAAGCGGUACGGCAAACCUUUUCUCCGGAAUUCCUGAACCGCCUAGAUGAAUUUGUUGUUUUCAAUGCCUUAUCCAAGGACGAACUGAAGAGCAUUGUCAGCAUCGAGCUUGGUAAGCUGGCUGACAGGUUAUCUGAGAAGAACAUUAAGCUUAUGGUUGACAACGAAGCGCUGCUUCACAUUGCCGAAGUGGGUUACGACCCUUCUUACGGCGCUCGACCCCUCAAACGUACAAUCCAACGUGAGGUUGAGGCUAAAAUCGCAAAAGGUAUACUUGAGGACAGAUACAAGGAGAACGAUGUGCUACGCGUGAAAUACGACGGGGACUUGAAGAUCGAGGUAUCUAAUGAGUGA